AUGGCUGCUUCGAGAAAAGAGAAUGAUCUGUUGGAUGGAAAUAAAGAACACGUGGACACAGACUCAGGUUCUGUUGCUGCUGUUAAGAAAGGAGAGGAUAAGGAGAAUGUCUCGCCUGUGAACAGCUCUGCUUCUGUGGAAACUCGGAAGCAAGAUCGAGCUUUGAAGUCUCAAUCGAUGAAGGGCAAUUCUGGGUUUCCCACUGAGGUUACAAAUUUCAAGUCUUUCUCGACGGGUGGUCGAACGGCUCUGAAGCAGACAUCGCUGCAAGUGUGUAUGCAGAUGAACAGUGAGGUCGAUAAGGGUAGUUUCGGUAUGAAAACUUGGACUAGUGUUGAUUCCGAGCAUUCGAGUUCGUUGAAAGUGUGGGAGUUCUCGGAUUCCGAAGCUGCCCCUGCUUCUUCUUGGUCUACUUUGCCCAAUAGGGCUUUGUUGUGCAAGACACUACCUUUGGAUGUGGGUAGAUGCACUUGUCUGAUUGUAAAAGAACAAUCACCAGAGGGCUUACGCGACGGAUCUGUAUAUUCACUUUAUACACAUGAAGGUCGGGGGAGAAAAGACCGGAAGCUAGCAGUGGCUUACCAUAGGCGGCGUAACGGGAAGUCUGUGUUUAGAGUGGCACAGAAUGUUAAGGGAUUAUUGUGCAGUUCGGAUGAAAGUUAUGUCGGUUCUAUGACGGCUAAUCUCAUGGGUUCAAAGUACUACAUAUGGGAUAAGGGAGUUCGAGUUGGUUCUGUAGGUAAAUUGGUGAAGCAGCUUCUUUCGGUUGUAAUAUUCUCCCCCACCAUAGCAACUUGGACAGGGAGUUACAGAAGAAUGAGAGCUUUACUACCGAAGCAGCAGCCAAUGCAGAAGAACAACAAUAAUAAGCAGGUUCACCAAGUUAGUAAACUACCGCUUGACUGGACUGAGAAUAAGGAAAAAGUUCAGAAGCUAAGCUCAAGGAUACCACAUUACAACAAAAUCACCAAGCAGCAUGAAUUAGAUUUCAGAGACAGAGGAAGAACAGGACUGAGAAUACAAAGCUCAGUGAAGAACUUUCAGCUAACACUCACGGAGAACUCCAGACAGACGAUUCUUCAGAUGGGAAGAGUGGACAGAACAAAAUAUGUAAUUGAUUUUAGGUAUCCAUUCUCAGGCUACCAAGCAUUCUGCAUUUGCUUGGCUUCAAUUGAUUCCAAGCUUUGUUGUACUGUUUGA